UGUGUUGUGUGUGAGAAGAUGGGGAGUCAGAAGAGGAGCGGAGUGUGACGAGGGCGCAGGGCUGAGCGCUGCCUGCUGCUGGGGUCUUACUGCCUGGUCUGGAGCCCUCGGAUACGGCAUGAGGAGCCAGCUGGGAAGUGUAUAAUACCUCCCCCUCUUUGUGAAGAUACUUUGCGUUUGAAGCUACUCAGAAAGUCACUGGAGAACCACAAAUGCCACAAAGGUGGAAAUCUCCACUGAAUAGUUUUGUUCUACCCAUCUUAUACUGGAGAUUAGAAGCACAUAUACAGACCUGAGCAGUAUUAUUCCAGAUCAUCCGCUACCAUGAGCACAGAAGUCCAAACUGAGGACUGGUCUACAGCCACUAGAACGAACGGGGGUUGUUCUCCCAAAAAGACAUUUAACUGUGAAACCCCUGAGGAGCAAAACUCAGAGCACCACGAGGACAUGGAGAUGCACUCCAACAGCAAUGAGUCCAGUGGCAACGACUGUAACGGCCAUGAGUCUAGUGGAACAGACUCCCAUAUUAACGAAUCUAAUAGGAGAUCAAACUGCACCUUCCGGAGGCCGAGCAAGUCCACUGGCAGCAGCAAUAACAGUGAUCAAAUGGAUAGGACCCGUUCACACAAGGAGCUGAUGAGCAUGGUGCAGGAGAUGAAACGGCGGUUCCCACCUGAAAAACUGAACUGCAGCAAACCUAGUACUGUGGAUGCGCUGAACUACGCCUUGAAGUGUGUGCGACAGGUCCAAGCAAACAGCGCUUUUUUCCAGGUCCACAGUGACAGUAGUACGUCAAGAGUGGACACAACUGUACAUACGAUUGAAGAUCUAGAGACCAUAACAUCCGAACAUCCGCCAAAGAACACGGACACAUUUGUAAUUGUGUUUUCACUGACCUCUGGGAAGAUGGUGUACAUCUCUGAGCAGGCCGCCUUCAUCCUCAACUGUAAAAAGAAGCUGCUGGACUCGUCACGGUUUGUGGAGCUUCUGGCCCCUCAGGACGUCAGCGUCUUCUACAAGCACACAACACAAUCACAUCUUCUGCCAUGGAAUAUCGGAGCAGAGACAGCUUCCCUUUAUGAAUACACUCAAGUGAAGUCCUUUUUCUGUAGGAUAAGAGGUAGCAAAGACCGGGAUCAUGAACUCCGAUACAAUCCCUACCGGAUGACGCCAUACUGCGUCAGGGUCCGCACUUCUCCUGAUGUAGAGCCAGAACCUUGUUGCCUUGCUUUAGUGGAAAAGAUUCACUCAGGAUAUGAGGCUCCAAGAAUUCCCCUUGAAAAACGGAUAUUUACCACGACACAUACGCCUGGCUGUGUGUUCCUGGAAGUAGACGACCGAGCUGUACCGUUAUUGGGCUACUUACCCCAGGACUUGGUUGGAACCUCAGUCUUAAUGUAUUUGCACCCAGAAGAUCGUCCUUUAAUGCUGGCCAUGCAUAGGAAAAUCUUAAAGUAUGCAGGGCAGCCUCCAUUCGAGCAUUCCCCAAUUCGAUUCUGCACUCAAAAUGGUGACUACAUCACACUGGACACCAGCUGGUCGAGUUUUGUCAAUCCCUGGAGUCGAAAAGUGGCAUUUAUAAUUGGUCGCCACAAAGUCAGAACGGGUCCUCUCAAUGAAGAUGUCUUUGCUGCCCGAAGCACAGAAAUUAACAAUGUCGACAAAGAGAUUAAAGAAUUACAAGGACAGAUCUACAAAGUUCUUUUGCAGCCUGUUCACAACAAUGGCUCCAGCGGCUACGGGAGUUUGGGAAGCAAUGGCUCUUACGAGCAUUACAUAAGCAUCGCCUCGUCUAGUGAUUCCAAUGGAAAUUGUGUGGAUGAGACUCACAAAGAACCACUGUCACUAAAGCAGGUGUGUUCAGACAUUAACCGCAUCAAGAACACUGGGCAGCAGGUGUACAUCGAUACAAGAAGCAAAUCGCAGCCCAAGAGAUGGGAAGUGCAGGAGAAGGAGAGUCAGAAAGCCAAACCAAGCCAAAAUACUUUAUUGAGGCCUCGUCAGGAAAAUGUGAUGGUGGAUGGACACGCUGCAUCGUCGUGUGACACCUCCAGGAAGGGACAGCACAUCCCUUCAUACCAGCAGAUUAAUUGCGUGGAAAGUAUUAUUAGGUAUCUGGAGAGCUAUAACAUCCCAGCUUUAAAAAGAAAGUGUGAAUCCUCCACCAAUACCGCCUCCUCCUCUGAAGACGACAAGCAGGGUGUCUCUGGACAGAAUGACCUGGAGACUUUAGAAGAUGUUCCAGCGCCAAUUUCCACGAGUCAAUUGUCAGCGGAAUCGAUGGUCACUGCCGAUGCUCAGACAACAGCCGCUGUGGUGGGAGCUCCACUGACCGACCUUACCCUGUCCAUCAAGGCAAUGAGUGUGGUUUCAGUCACCAGCCAGUGUAGCUACAGCAGUACCAUUGUACAUGUUCCUCAGCCCGAGUCAGAGGUAACAGCCAUAGAAGAUGCUACAGGUGGUAGUGAACAGAUAGACAUGAGAUCUUCUCAGGCUGCAGGUUCCAGUGUAGCUCCAGAGGAGUUUAAGCAGGUUGGAUUAACCAAGGAGGUCCUAUCUGCCCAUACACAGAAGGAGGAGCAGAACUAUGUGGACAGAUUCCGGCAAAGGAUCCUGCAGUCCCCGUACAGUAGCUAUCUACAGCAGGACAGUCAAAGUAAAGUCUGUUCCCAUGAGCAUGGUGUACAAGGAGAAUAUUCAUCUCAGCAAACUACUCCGGCUGCUUGCAAAAAAGGUAAAAAACAGGGCAAGCACAAGAGGCAGAAACCUAUGGAAUCAUCGGAAAGUGGAUCCCACCCCAAUCUACCUCCACGACCAAGGAGGCCAGGACCUUUACCGCCAUCUUGGCCAUCAUCUGAAGUUUCGCACCCAAGCCCUUCAAACAUGGCCUUCCCACCUCCAAUGAUGAUCCCAAUUCAACCAGCAUAUCCCAUGCCAGGGUUUCAGCUCCCACACAUGGGCUCGACGGUAGCAGGAGACUGUACGAAUUCAACAGUAGUUCCUGAGUCUAUACCACAAUCCAACAUCUCUUACAACAUGCAACCGUUCCCAGCAUUCCCAUCCCCAUACAUGGGCACAUUCAUGGCUGUGUUCCUCCCCAAUUAUAAUAUGUACCCACCUAUCAACCAACAGAUACCUCAGCCUUUCUUUCCCACUCAAUACCCUUGUCCGCCUUCUUAUCCAUACACUGGAAUGCAAGUUGCUCCCCAAGUUGUUCCCCAGACUGUGCCAUCACAAAUUCCCACAGACUUUUUGGACCCAACAUCUCGAGCAUCUUCUCCCAUGUCCGCUGAGGAGCAGCAGGAAAUUCUGAGUGAUGAUCCACAUCUUUUUAGUAACUCUAGAAGUAGUUCCCCAUUACAGCUGGUCCUUCUUCAAGAGGAGUUACCAAAACCAGCAGAGCCUCCUGAAGGAACUAACACAGAAAACCAAGCAGACAUUAAAUGUGCGGACCCAGCCGAGGACAGUGGGAACAAUGACAGCCAUUCAGCAUCUAGUGAACUCUUUGACCUCUUACUACAGGAGGACUCCCAGUCUGGCACUGGAUCGGCCGCUUCAGGAAGCGGAUCUGCUAACUCCAGCUCAUUAGGGUCUGGGUCCAAUGGUUCUACCUCAAAUGGGACCUCAGGAAGUGGCUUAGGGAGUAGUAACAGCAGCAAGUAUUUUGCUAGCAAGUCCUCCGAUACCUCCAAGAAGGGGCACAAACGUCAGGAGGUUGUUGAACCAGAUUCUUUUCCCAAAGCUGCAGGAGAUUCUAUAUGGACUAUGAUAGAACGUACACCUACCCCUAUUAUGAUGACAUAUCAGGUACCCGAGAGGGAUAAGGAGACCUUGUUAAAAGAGGAUCUGGAGAAACUGACUGCUAUGCGGAACAAGCAGCCAUGGUUCACGGAAGAGCAAAAGGAGGAGCUGGCAGAGGUGCACUCGUGGAUUCGAAGCCGCACAAUCCCACAGGAGAUAGACACUCAAGGAUGUGUCACAUGUGUGAAGGGUACCACAGCAAAUAAUAAUCUUGAAGAGAAGGAAGAAGACCAUGGGAGAGAGGAAGAGCCCACCAAAGCUACAGAACAAUCAGUGACACAACAAACUCUGUGCCUGAACAGUCUCUGCGACCCAAGAGAAAACACAUCAAACUCAGAGACUUGACUUUUUUUUUUUUUUCUUCUUUGUAAAUAAAGUUUUUAUUUUAUAUAUAAAAAGUUUUAUUUAAGUCCGUUUAAUGCAGUAUAAAAAGAGGAAGCUUCACGUUUCUUCACGAGUCCUUACAGCCCGGGGAAGAAGCUGACCGAUUUCCUGUUUCAUGACUGACCCUGUGCCAAGACUUUCACUGUCCACUCCGCAGCCUGCCAUUCUGACCAACACAGUGGUAGGCUGCUAGCAUUUCCUGGUGGACGUGCACGGUCUUAUUUUGGAAAAUCCAUCCUAAAUUUCUGUGAACAUUUUUCUUAAGACAUGGAGGUCGUUUCCUUGUGCACGUGUCCUGUCUAUAAAUAUCACAGUCAUUAGUUCUAGAACGGAGUAAGUGGUUUCAGACGUUUCGUUUUCCUUUUUAUUUGUAAAUUUCUAUAUUGAUAAAAAUGAACUUUGAGGAUUA